AUGGGUAUCUCUAUUGAUGCACUUCAUCGCGUCGAUCCACAGGAGAGUACCGGUACAAUGACGUUUCUUUGGCUGUGCGCUUUUGUUAUUACUUUACAUCCUGAUGGCCUAUUUGGAUUCAAGUCUGCGGGUGGUGAUUGCGUGAUUCAGAGGGACCAUUGCAGAGAGCUUCUUGUCUUUUGGUGCUUUGGAGUGAAUCAUGUCAGCCAUGAGGAAAAGCGCGUUUAUCUAUUGGUGUCGUCAAUCUUUAUUUCAUUUCUGGUGGUUGGUUACCAAGCAACGGGCGAUUUCUCUGAAGAGUGUCCGCCAAUGCAAGUCUUUUGUGGGUGGAUUGUAUCAGCAACAAGUAACAACAUCCAUAUCAAGCUUUAUCCCAUCAUCUGGUUUUCUCGUUAUCGGCAAUACGGUGGGCGUCCUGAAAUGAAGUUCUCUUAG